UGUACAAAUAGGGCGGCUGCGGGCGGCCCCUGCAGCCAUGCGGGUCCCGCUGCCCUCCGCGCCCGCCUUGAUGCUCUGCGCCCUCGCCCUGCUCCGCCUGGGCUGCGCACCCACCCGCGCCCCGCCGCGCUGCCCCCCGCUGAUGCUGCAGCUGCUCCGCGCCCCUCCCGCACCGCUCCGCGCCGCCGCCGCUGCUGCCCUCAGCCUCUCCCCGCACGGCUCCCUGCAGAACGGCUCCCGCUGGGCGAUCUCCUUCGACAUGUCCUCCCUCUCCAGCAGCCAGGAGGUCAGCCUGGCUGAGCUCCGUGUCCACCUGCCCAGCUUCUCCCCAGCCCGCGACGUCUCCCUGGACAUCUACCACAGCCAGCGGCAGAGGUGCCGGGGCGAUGGGACCUGCGCCCACCAGCUUUUCCUGGGCACGGUGGCUGGCAGCCCUUUUUCCACCCAAGCCUCCUGGAAAAUCUUUGAGGUCACCAGCCUGCUCCGGUCCUGGCUCCACCAAGCCGUGGACCCUGGGCUCCAUGGUCCCACGGGAGGGGAGCGAUGGGAGGCGAGUGGGUUGGCUGCCCCGGCCACCACCGCCAUGCGCUCGCCCACCUCAAGCGACACUGGCCACGGGGAGCCAGCCCUGCCCCAGGACGUGACGGACGGAGUCCUGCUGCUUGUCUUCUCCAAGGACAAGUCUCCAGGAGACCACAGCCUCAUCAGGACAGCAGAGACCUCCAAGCAUGUCAUGCGUGACAGCGGCUCCCAGGGUGUGGGGACCCGCCGGCACCGCAGGAACAGGAAGGAGAAGCAAAGAAUCAAAGUGAGCGAUGCUGCCGCUGCUGUCCCGGGGGAGGAGGGCAGGUCCUUGUGCAGGAGGGUGGACAUGAUGGUGGAUUUCGAGCAGACCGGCUGGGGCAGCUGGAUUGUCUACCCCAAAAAGUACAACGCCUACCGGUGUGAAGGGCAGUGUCCGUCACCCGUGGACGAGACCUUCAAGCCCACCAACCACGCUUACAUACAGAGUUUGCUGCAGCUCUACAAGCCCAACCAGGUGCCCUGCCCUGCGUGCUCCCCGGUCAGGAUGAGUCCCCUCUCCAUGCUCUACUAUGAGAAGGGUGAAAUCGUCGUCCGCCACCACGAGGACAUGAUCAUCGAGGAGUGCGGCUGCAACUGAGGCCAGCUUGUCCCCUGCUGGGAAGGGCCACGUGUCUGCCCAGAAAGCGUCCCCGAGGACUGGCCGCCCAACCCACGACCAACGCGCAGACUGGCGUGUCUCUGAAGCCCACGUGCCCGUGGGUCAGCGAAGCUCUGGCUGUGCCAGGGGAGGAGUGGGGUGCCCGGGCGUUAGCAGUUCUGCAGCACUGCAUGGCCACGGUGCAUGGUUGGAUCCAGGCUCCGCACAGGAAAGGCCAUCAGACACCUCCCUGCGGUGCUGGUGGCAGCACCGGGGUGGUGGGUGCCCGACGGCUGCGUUUAUCUGGGACCCAUGGCACUGGCAGCCGGUGUGUGCCAGGGUAGCCAAGGGCUGGUGCUGCUCCACAGAGGCAGGAGCCGGGGUGCAGGGCUGGAGCCACAGCAGCAUUGCUCCCUGCCACGACACACUGCCCACGGCGACGCUCCUUUUGCCCGCCAUAGGAAUUGCCGGCAGCUCCAGGCUCUCGGCGGGACACUGCAGGACUGGUGUUUGGCCACGCCGAGCAUCUGCUCCAUUGGGAUUUUCAAUCUCCCUGGGGUUUAGGCAUUUCUCUUAAGACUUCUAUUAUAUUUCUAUUAAAACUCUACCAGAUUUCUAUCACAAUUAAGCCAAGUUAACGUGUUAGCCCAGUGUCUAGACCCCCGCACCAGCAGCACACACGGGCAGCAGCAGACAGGGGUUUGUCACAGCCCACUGCUGCCCUGAGCCGCAGGGCUGAGCGUGGCCCUGGGAAGGAUGGACCCAGGAGGAACUGGCCGGCAGCAGGCAGGGAGGCAAUGACCUCCAUCUUAUACGCUCCUCACCCAGGACCACACAGGGAGUGAUGCAAAAGGCGGACCUGAGGCUCCCACAUCCCUCUCCAAAGCAUCAUCCCUUCACCAGGAGCCAGAGAGAGUUUGCACAGGCAAACGAGGUGCCCCUGGCAAUUAGGCAGCCCUGUGGUCGGUCUCGGUGGGUCUAAGCCCCCCCCAGCCCUCCUACCUGCCCUGAACAUCUUGGCUCACACACUGCUUUCCUCUGUAAAACCAUGGCUUUGCUCAAACCUUUUCCACCACCCACUGGAUGGGGCAGUAGUGAAAGGG